AUGUACACGCUCAAAAGGACGACGACAUCGUUUUGUCGAACACGAAGAACGAGAGAGCUGCGCUACGUCUUUACAGCGUACCUCUCGACAAAUGCACAACAUAGCGUCAUAGCACCGUUCUAUCUCGAGCAAGGACUGGGCGACUUCUUGUCUCCAGACGCGGUGAAGACGAUUGCAGUCGAAUACCAGCAGGGCCUAUUGACGAGAUUAAACGAGGAACUUGCCACUGAACCCGAAUUGAAGGACAAGAGCGUCGCACAAACGGUCGUCAGCCUCGGAAACGAUCCUAAACAUGUACUCGCCUUUAAUUACGCGUCUCAGGCCUUGAACAACUCUUUUUUCUUCGAUAAUCUGCUUCCAUUAUCUCAAGCAGCUCCUACUAUUGAUGGAUCGCCGGCAGAGUCACACGAGCACUCGAUGAAAACCGACUUGAAGGUGGCAAUCGAAGACUCGUUCAGUUCAUUGGAUAAUCUAAAGUCGACAAUGUCCGCAGCAGCGCUCGGCAUGAUGGGUUCUGGCUGGGUAUGGCUCGUUUGUGAUGAGACCGGUGACCAUCUUGCCGUCAUUCCAUCCUACGGACCCGGGACAAUGUUGGUCAGGAGUAGGGUUCAAAAGUAUCCCGAAGGGCUGAGCGAAGUCAGCCUGAAUUCGCGGAGUCUGCUUCAGGUUCUCGGAGAGCGAAUCAGCAGCCAAUCUGCUGGUGGUCAGACUACUCAGAUCCCUCGCAAUGGUGGAGCCUCAAAGGCCAAGAUGCUCCACACCUCUUCUUUGAUCAACUCUCCUCUGUACGCAACAUCCUUUGCGGCCCCGCGGUUCUCCCAAACCCCCGCAAGAUUAGCGCCUCUAGAACCACUCUCGCCUUCCCAUCGCUACCCACAAUCACCCAUCACAAGCUCUCAUCGGUACAGCAGCACAUAUAACGAGGAUGUGCCCAGGCCGGAGCCGGCAGACGAGUUGGAUCCCUUGGACAAUGAUACUCUCCCAUUAGAGCGACAGCCUAGGCCUCGGACUGUGGCGGCAGAUAACGCCGCUCUGAGUACGAUCCGUCGUGACCCUACUAGUCCGCCCUUUUCACUGUCGUCGCGACUCAGAGGUGGUCAAGAUGAUUUGAGCCCCUUGCUCUGCAUAAGGUCAGUCUGCUACCUUGCAACUUCACACUCAGAACUGAUGCGCACGUCUCAAGUGUCCACGAGCAUAUGUGGCUUUGCGGAGGGUACGGCAUCCUGGGAAGGAAGAGUACCUACGACGAUUCUGGAACUUUGUCGACUGGGGAAAGGUCAGCGCAAUCCAUUCGAGAUGGCGUGCAACUGGCGGCACAAACGCUUCCGAGUACCGUCCCCUCUCGACAACGGCACCUCGGAUUUAUUAGUCGCGUUUGUUGGUAUUUCGGUAUCACGUUACUUUGGCCUAUUUCCUAUUCGUAUAUACUUCGACCUAUCAAACCAAGAGAUGAAUACUGAAGGGCCCUCCGGGCGGACCCCUGACCUUUAUGUCCUUUUGGGCUCGACGAUUUAUCGCUGA